UCUAGUGUUUCUGUGUGCUGUGCUGCCAUUGCUACUACAGACAGCUGAGCAGAGAGCAUGGGCGAGCUGCGAAACCACAACAUGAAUGCAGUGACCUAUGAUGAUGUGCAUAUUGAGUUCACUUGGGAAGAAUGGACUUUAUUGGAUCCUUCUCAGAAGAAUCUCUACAAAGAUGUGAUGCUGGAGACCUACAAGAACCUCAACACUCUAGGAUAUAGUUGGGAAGACCAUCAUAUUGAAGAAUACUAUCAAAAUCCUGGAAUAUAUGAAAGGACACAUACUGGAGAGAAACCCUUUGAAUGUGUUCAUUGUGGUAAAGCCUUUGCAGGCAGCAGUCAUCUAAAAGCGCAUAUAAGGACACAUACUGGAGUGAAACCCUAUGAAUGUAAUUACUGUGGUAAAGCCUUUGCGUGCCACAGUAAUAUGCAAAGGCAUGAAAGGACACAUACUGGAGAGAAACCCUCUGAAUGUAAACAAUGUGGUAAAACUUUUACAUUCCCCAGUAGUCUACAAUUGCAUGAAAGGACACAUACUGGAGUGAAACCCUCUGAAUGUAAACAAUGUGGUAAAACUUUUACAUACCGCAGUAGUCUACAAGUGCAUGAAAGAACACAUACUGGAGUGAAACCCUAUGAAUGUAAACAGUGUGGUAAGGCAUUUGCAUGGCGUGGUGAUCUGCAGAAGCAUGAAAGGACACAUACUGGAGUGAAACCCUAUGAAUGUAAACAGUGUGGUAAGGCAUUUGCAUGUCGCGGUGGUCUGAAGAAGCAUGAAAGAACACAUACUGGAGUGAAACCCUAUGAAUGUAAACAGUGUGGUAAAGCCUUUGCACAUCACAGUUAUCUAAAAGUUCACGAAAGGAUACAUACUGGAGUGAAGCCCUAUGCAUGUGAUGUGUGUGGUAAAUCCUUUGCACAACAAGGUAAUCUAAAUACGCAUAAAAGGACACAUACUGGAGAGAAACCCUAUGAAUGUAAACAGUGUGGUAAAGCCUUUGCAUACCGUGGUGUUCUGCAGCAGCAUGAAAGGACACAUGCUGGAGUGAAACCCUGUGAAUGUAAGCAAUGUGGUAAAGCUUUUGGAUGCAAGAGUCAUCUACAAGUGCAUGAAAGGACACAUACUGGAGUGAAACCCUAUGAAUGUAAACAAUGUGGUAAAGCCUUUGUAAGCCUCAGUAAUCUACAUGUGCAUGAAAGAACACAUACUGGAGUGAAACCCUAUGAGUGUAAACAGUGUGGUAAAGCCUUUGCAUACCGUGGUGUUCUGCAGCAGCAUGAAACGACACAUACUGGAGUGAAACCCUAUGAAUGUAAACAAUGUGGUAAAGCUUUUGGAUGCCUCAGUCAUCUAAAAGUGCAUGAAAGGACACAUACUGGAGUGAAACCCUAUGAGUGUAAACAGUGUGGUAAAGCCUUUGCAUACCGUGGUGUUCUGCAGCAGCAUGAAAGGACACAUACUGGAGUGAAACCCUAUGAAUGUAAACAAUGUGGUAAAGCCUUUGCAAGCCACAGUAAUCUACAAGUGCAUGAAAGGACACACACUGGAGUGAAACCCUAUGAAUGUAAGCAAUGUGGUAAAGCUUUUACAUGCCACAGUCAUCUACAUGUGCAUGAAAGGACACAUACUGGAAUGAAACCCUAUGAAUGUAAACAAUGUGGUAAAGCUUUUACACGCCACAGUAAUCUACAUGUGCAUGAAAGGACACAUACUGGAAUGAAACCCUAUGAAUGUAAACAGUGUGGUAAAGCCUUUGCAUACCAUAGUGCUCUGCAGCAGCAUGAAAGGACACAUGCUGGAGUGAAACCCUAUGAAUGUAAGCAAUGUGGCAAAGCUUUUGGAUGCCACAGUAAUCUACAAGUGCAUGAAAGGACACAUACUGGAGUGAAACCCUAUGAAUGUAAACAGUGUGGUAAAGCCUUUGCAAGCCACAGUAAUCUACAAGUGCAUGAAAGGACACAUACUGGAGUGAAACCCUAUGAAUGUAAACAGUGUGGUAAAGCCUUUGUAUGUAUCAGGAGUCUUCACAAUCAUUUUCAAAAAUCAUUCUGUAGAGAAACUGUAUAAGUGUAGUCAGAAUGCUAGUUUUUACUUUAUACAUGAGUAAAAGUUUUUGUGUGAAAUGAAACUGUUAAUGCCUUUGCAGUAAUUCUAUGUCUUUAAUACCUGGGAAAGUCUUAGAUGGAAUGCCUUUGAUGGGGUCCUAAACACUGACUCUCCAGUUGCAUAACAUUGGGGAAAGAACCUGAUAGUAGGAGACAGGCAUCUAAGGGAUGUAAUCAGCUAACUAGGACCUAGUAAUGGAGAACAGGUUUCACACAUAGCUAAGGAAUGUAAUUAGUAAACCCCAAACACAUGGGAGAAGUUGUACCUAGUAAAUGAUCAGAUUGCAUUGAACUGUGUGAAGUAAAUCCCAAGUUUGUUACAGAAAGGAAUAAGUACUAGAAGUAUUUGCAGCAAGAAAUGGCUACUUUUAUUGAUAAGACUGUAAAACCAAAUACAAUCUUUGUAUUGAUUUAAAUCAUUCAUACAUAGCCCUUCACUCUGCUUGGUUUUCACAAGAAAUGAUGGCUUUAUAACUACUGUGUGAUCUUGGGACUUGUAGCCAAAACAAUUAUUAAACUCACAUAUCUGUCUUGUCAUUGGUUUUGGUAUAUUGAUAUGAAGUUAAAGUCAUUUUGUUAUGCUGUAUGUCUGAUUUUGCUCUUGUUUAAAUGAUUUUUGUGUACUGAUCAAAAGUAAGGUCAUUGUGUUACAAUACAUUGUGUAUAUAUUUCUACUCUGUUUAAAGAAUUUUUGUUUAUAGAUACCAAUCCAUGGUAAUUUUUGUCACAGCAUUGUGUAUAUGUUUCUGCUCUUGUUUAGUGUAUUAUACCUAGGCAGUUCAUUUAACAAUGUGAGGCAAAGUUUAGUUUUUGAAAGCUACUACUAUUAAAUACUUAUGAUAAUCUGAAAA